AAUGGUCCGGCAAAGACAGUUGAGUCAGCAGCUAUGAUAGCCGUUGUCCACCUUCUGAAAAUUUUCUGCGACAGUUGCUGAGCCCUUGACGUUUCUCAUGGCACUAAAAGUCCUCACGCUGAACGUUUGGGGACUUCAUAUCUUCGCCAAGAGAAUACGCGAGCGGCUACACUACAUUUCUCAAGAGCUGGAAGGCUAUGAUAUCGUGGGCCUUCAAGAAGUAAGGACUACGUAAUGCAUUUGAUCCCGCGUGGUGGAACUGUGUCCGAUAGGUUUGGAGCCAGGAUGACUAUCUGUUUCUGGUAGAGCGACUAAGAAGGAUCCUUCCCUACUCUUUCCGCUCCAAAAGUGGAAUGAUAGGCAGUGGUCUGUGUGUCUUCUCUCGCUACCCCAUCAUGGCGGUCCACUCCCAGCAGUUCACGACCAGCGGGGCCCUCAGAGAGCUCACCAGUGGAGAGGUUUUUUCAGGGAAAGGGAUGCUGUCUUGCAGGAUUAUGACGCCAAACGGACCUCUUCUCUUUGUCACCACACACACAAACGGUUGUUGUCGCGAGAGCCAGAUGUACGAGAUGACCAAACUGAUUGAUAAUUACCGUGGGAACGACCUCGUUGUUCUCUGUGGGGACUUCAACACAGGCGACACUCACCCUGCCUACCGACUCAUCACCACCUACCUUGGCCUCAAGGAUGCCUUUGCUGGUUGUUCGGUCAACACCUGUAACCUGGGCAGCAAUAUCUACACCAAGAGGGUGCGGCCGGCCAGAAUCGACUUCAUCUUCUACUCCAGCGACACCUGUCCCACCUCUCAGAUGGAGGUUCAGAGCAAGCGGCUGGCUCUGUCGGGCAAUAUUCCCGGCAAGGAUUUCCCGUACUCUGACCACGAGGGACUGGAAGUCGUGUUUUCUCUUAACGAGAGGGUUGAACCCAUGCCACCCAGGAGCCUUCUGCUGAGCGUUGCAGCAGUGGAAGUGCUGGAAGAAGUGGCGCAGAGAAUAUGCAAUCGAAAGAAGAAGUUUGAAGCGCCUCAUCCCCAUCGCAGGGCCAUGGCGAUUGCCGGGGGUUUCCUGGCAGUUAUCCUACUUAUUGCGCUGAUCUUAGGAAACAAUCCAGUCAUGAUGUUUCUCGGAACUCGCUCGCUCGGUUAUUUCUCUGUCGUCGGAGUCGGGAUUCUGGGGAUGUGUCUCAUGUGGGCAUGGCUGAUUCCGAUGUUUAACAUCACGCACGUGAAUGGAAUGGAGACGCACAUGGACGAGAUUCGUACGAGGCUCAGUUACAACACGAUCCUUGCUGAGUCGGACGGCAAUGGUUAUCGUCUUAUGUAAUGCGCUUCACUUUGUGAAAUACAUAUAUAGCACAAACUGGAUUAUGACUUACUAGUUAUAGUGAAAUUUUUUGGUAUAAUGUUAAUAGCAGGAACUACACUGUUUGUAUACGCAGUAUAAUCGUUGACGAAUAUGACAUCAUUAUGGAAAUGUUAAAUGUUUGGGCAU